AUGGAGAAUAGACCAACUAUUUUAAAUGAAGUCGAUGGCUUAGAUACAAAUCUCAAUGUUCUCAUGUCAGUGAAGGAAAGCCAUGUGGAUGCAAAAGACUGUAUGGUGCAUAGUUACACAAAUAACUUCAAUGCCUUCGCUGCGAAGCUUACUGAGGCGGAGGCCAAAACAUUGUCAGAGAGGGGGGAUGUGCAGCAUGUGAUUCCAAAUAGAUACAGAAAGCUACAAACAACACGAUCUUGGGACUUCCUUGGAUUUCCUAUCAAUGCAAAGAGGAAGACAAGACAGGAGAGUGACAUUAUUGUUGGCCUAUUUGAUACUGGAAUUACUCCAACGGCUGAUAGCUUUAAAGAUGAUGGGUAUGGUCCUCCACCCAAAAAAUGGAAAGGCACAUGUGACCAUUUUGCCAAUUUCAGUGGCUGCAACAAUAAACUCAUCGGAGCAAGAUAUUUCAAACUUGAUGGCAUCACCGAGCCCUUCGACAUUUUGUCGCCCGUAGACGUUAACGGUCAUGGCACACACACAUCGUCAACAGCGACCGGCAAUGUAAUCACUGGAGCCAACCUCUCUGGCCUGGCUCAAGGAACUGCCCCUGGCGGUGUGCCAUCGGCCAGACUAGCCAUGUACAAGGUUUGCUGGAUGAGCAACGGAUGCUCCGAUAUGGAUCUUCUGGCUGCCUUCGACGCCGCCAUACAGGAUGGUGUCGAUGUCAUUUCAAUAUCGAUUGCUGGCAUUGGAUAUGGCAAUUACACUGACGACCCGAUCUCUAUCGGUGCAUUUCAUGCCAUGAAGAAGGGCAUCAUCACUGUGACGGCCGCCGGGAACAAUGGCCCGAGUGCCGGCACUGUUGUGAACCACGCGCCGUGGAUCUUGACGGUUGCUGCCAGUUCAAUUGAUCGGAGAUUUAUCAGCCCAGUCGAGUUGGGCAACGGGAAGAACAUCUCUGGGGUAGGAAUAAACUUAUUCAAUCCAGAGAAAAAAAUGUACAAAUUAGUGAGUGGAGAAGAUGUGGCAAAGAACAUAGAGGGCAAAGAUAAUGCAAUGUAUUGUGAAGACAAGUCACUUGAUCCAAGCAAGGUGAAAGACAGUCUUGUGUUUUGCAAAUUGAUGACAUGGGGAGCUGAUUCUACUGUCAAAUCAAUUGGUGCUGCUGGUGCUAUCCUUCAAAGUGAUCAGUUUCUUGACAAUACUGAUAUCUUCAUGGCCCCUUCCGCUUUGGUUAGUAGCUUUGUUGGAGCUACUAUUGACGCCUACAUCCACUCCACAAGGUCAAAUCUCUUAGUUACAUUAUGUUUCUACUCAAUUUUGUUCUUCAGAACACCAACAGCAGUAAUAUACAAAACAAGACAACACAGAGCAGCAGCUCCAAUUAUCGCUCCCUUCUCAUCCAGAGGCCCAAAUCCAGGCUCCACCCACAUUCUAAAGCCGGACAUAGCAGCACCAGGAGUCAACAUAUUGGCGGGUUACACGCCAUUGAAGUCAUUGACGGGGCUGAAAGGUGACACUCAAUUCUCUAAAUUCACACUCAUGUCUGGCACUUCCAUGGCUUGUCCCCACGUUGCCGCUGCCGCCGCCUAUGUCAAAUCUUUCCACCCUCUUUGGUCUCCGGCUGCCAUUAGAUCCGCCUUGCUUACUACCGCGAAACCAAUUAGUCGACGUGGGAACCCUGACGGAGAAUUCGGAUAUGGUGCCGGCAACCUUAAUCCACGUAAAGCCAAAAACCCUGGCCUAAUCUACGACCUCAAUGAGAUGUCAUACAUUCAAUUCCUUUGUAGGGAAGGUUACAGUGGAUCUUCAAUUAUCAUCCUCACUGGAACCAAAUCCAUCAAUUGCGCCACAAUAAUCCCUGGCGAAGGCUAUGACUCUCUCAAUUACCCAACCUUUCAACUCAGCCUCCAAAGCUCCCGAGAACCGACGACCGCCGUGUUCUGGCGGGAAGUGACCAAUGUCGGCAAGCCUGUUUCAGUUUACAAUGCCACGGUCAGGGCUCCCCCUGGGGUAGAGAUCACGGUAGAGCCUGCGACUUUGUCGUUCUCCUACCUACAUCAAAAGGAGAGGUUUAAGGUUGUUGUGAAGGCCAAUCCUUUACCGGCGAACAAAAUGGUAUCGGGUUCGAUCACUUGGUUUGAUCCUCGAUAUGUUGUGAGGAGUCCGGUUGUUGUUUAUAGUCCGUCGGGAUGAACAUUGAUGAGGGAUUGAUUAUUAAUGUGUUCAAUGUAUUAAUA